UUUAAACUGGAUUAGAGUUUAAACUUGGUUAAAUAACAUAACUGCUAUGCACCGCUAAUGUUUAGAGUGCUAACGAAGCUUAAAGUUACACCGGCAAUUUUGCUCGUUUAAGUGUGUAAUCUCGAUUUAAGGUACACGCGUGCGCGCUAGCAUCUGUCACUGUUGUUUACGACGUAAUCACAUAACCUCAACUUCGGUCUUCUCAAAUCUCUUGGAGUUUUAAAAUUCGUUAAUCUACCAUGGAAAUUGAAGACGAAAUGUUUUAUGACGAUGAUGGUGACAUGUUAAACAUAAUUGAAUACGGUUUUCCAAGGCGUGUUUACCAGAGGACCAAUUAUUUUGACGACAUGGAUGAGCUAUCCUUUUUUAGAAGGUUCCGAUUAACUAAAAAUACAGUUUUACAUUUGUUACCACAAAUAGAGGAAUUUCUGGAGUUCGAUAAUGAUUUAAACAAUAGUAUUUCUCCCAUUAACAAAUUAUUGGCUACAUUAAAAUUUUACGCAUCCUCUGGACAUCAAGUAUCUAUAGCAGAUUUUAAGGGAUUCCAUCAAUCCACAGCCUCCCGAGUAAUAACACAAGUUUCUGAAGCUAUUGCUGGAUUAAGACCAAUUUAUAUCAAGAUGCCAAGAGAUCAUGAAGUCAUACACACCAAUCAGGAUUUUUAUCGAAUUGCGAGAUUCCCCAGAGUGCUUGGUUGUAUUGAUGGAACACAUAUAAAAAUACAGUCUCCAGGUGGUGAAGAUGCAGAGGUGUAUAGAAAUAGAAAAUCAGUGUUUUCAAUAAACACACAGGUUAUUGGCAGUUCUACACUUAAAGUGUUUGAUAUUGUUGCAAGGUGGCCUGGAUCCACCCACGACGCUACUAUUUUUAAUAACAGCAGAAUUAGAGCACGUUUUGAAGCUGGCGAGUUCAACAAUAACGUUAUUCUUGGCGAUAGUGGAUAUACAUUAAGGCCAUAUUGCUUAACUCCUCUUCUGAAUCCAAUAAGCAGAGAAGAAUCAUUAUAUAAUGAAGCCCAUAUAAGAACCCAAAACACAAUUGAACGAUUGUUUGGGGUUUGGAAACGCAGAUUUCCAGUGUUGGCAUAUGGUUUGCGAUGUAAGGUGGAAACCACAUUAACAAUUAUUACUGCCACGGCAGUAUUGCAUAACAUAGCAUUAGAUAUGAAAGAAGACGUACCACCAAUUCCAGAGAACAUUAAUGCAAAUGAGUUGCAAAAUUUAAUUGAUUUAGGUGAAGUUCCGCAACUACCACAAAACGUCAACCAUGUUGGACUGUACGACUAUCGUCGAGAACUAAUAGACAACUACUUUGCAAAUUUAUAA